UUCAACAAAUUAAAGGUUUCGGCUUCCGAUCCGAUCGCAAACACUUCGCACUCUCCAUACAAUGGCAAAACUUAGCUUCUCUUCCUUCCUCCUCCUCCUCCUUUCCGUCGUCGCCGUCGCCGGCGCCGCCGCACGGCCGCUUCAGAGAUCGCAAUACUCUCGCGGCAGAACAUACGUCGAAUCUCAGUGCCGCCGCACACUGUACCCGAAACUGUGCGUUUCGUGCCUCGCCGGCCACGUGAACUCCACGUCCCAAUCGCCGCAGGAGCUAGCGCAGGUGGCGUUAAAGGUGAGCCUGGUUAGGGCACGCUACGCGAGCGCGUACAUGGCCAAAAUCAGCCGAGGUCUCAAGUCCACCGACUACCAGGCCGUGCACGACUGCAUCAGCCAAAUCGACGACGGCGCGUCGCAGCUCGCCAGGGCGGUGAAGGAGCUCCACCAGCUAAACUUGGACGGCGAAAACGCUUUCGUUUGGCAUCAGAGCAACGUCCAGACAUGGCUGAGCACAAUGGAGACCAACGCCUUCGCUUGUAUGGAUGGGAUCUCAGGGUACAGAAUGGGCGGUAGGGUUAGGAGGGUUAUUCAGGCGAAGGUUCUUAACGUUGCUCAGGCCACCAGUGUCGCCCUCGCCAUGUUCAACCACUUCGCUGCUGCACAAAGAGCCUCCUUCUCCAAGAACAAACCCUAAUUGAUUAGAUUUCAAUUAUAUAUUUACUUGUGUUCAAUUUCAUUUGGCUUUUUUUAUGUUAUGUAUGCUUAACAAACAUAUGUAACGUUCAAGUAUAUGGAAAUAUGUGAAUAUCAAGUUUUGAAUUUGUUUAAUUUAA